CGUCGCUACGCUGACGCCCGUUGAGCGCGCUCGUUGACAGAAGCUUCUAGCUAGUGGCUAAUGAGGAGUUAGCAUGAAGCAAGGAGCUCCGUCCAUCUUUAGCUAAACUACUCCCACGAUGCCGCUCACACCGCUCGUUUACUGGGCUCAGCGACACGAGGACAUUUACCUGCGAGUGGAGCUGACUGACGCUCAGAUUAUUGACGUCCAUGUGCGAGAAAAGGUUCUUCAGUUCAGAGCCCAGGGCCAUGGUGCAAAAGGACAAAAUGAAUACGAGUUCAGCUUGGAGUUUCUGUCACCAGUAAAGCCAGAGGUGAGCUACAAGUCCACACAACGGCAGGUAAAUAUCACAGUGCGGAAAGAGCAGCGUGGCUGGUGGGAGAGACUCACUGUGCAGGAGCGGAAACCUGUUUUCCUGACACCUGAUUUUGACCGCUGGCUGGAAGAGUCGGACGCAGAGAUGGAGAUCCGUGAAAAGGAGGAGAAAAGGAACAGGCUGAAGGCUGCGAGGCCUGAAGAUGAAGGGUUUGUCAGUCUGAAAACAGGAUAUCUGUUUGUAUAUAACCUGGUGCAGUUUCUUGGUUUUUCAUGGAUCUUUGUUAACAUGACUGUGCGUCUCUUCAUCUUUGGCCAAGAGUCUUUCUAUGACACAUUCAACUCCAUAUCGGACGUGAUGUUCUUCUGCCAGAUCCUGGCAUCAGUAGAGGUCCUCAAUGCUGCUUUUGGUGUAGUCAGAACAGGUGUUGUUCCAACUCUUAUACAGGUGGUUGGAAGGAAUUUUAUCCUCUUCAUCAUUUUUGGGAGUUUGGAGGAAAUGCACCACCAGCCAGUCGUGUUCUUCGUAUUCUACCUGUGGAGCGCCAUCGAGAUUUUCAGGUAUCCAUUUUACAUGCUGGGCUGUUGUAAUACAGAGUGGAAAACCCUCACGUGGCUGCGGUACACAAUAUGGAUCCCGCUCUACCCACUGGGUGUUCUAGCUGAAGCUGUGGCUGUCAUACAAUCCAUUCCCAUCUUUUACGAGAGCAAACUCUUCAGCAUUCCUCUGCCUAAGGCGAUCGGCACCUCCAUCAAAUUCCACUACGUCCUAUACGUUUACCUCAUUCUCAUGGUGCUGGGGCUUUUUAUAAACUUUCGUCAUCUUUACAAGCAGAGGAAGAGGCGUUUCCGUACCAAGAAGAGGAAAGCUAAUUGAGUCUCAACACUGAUAACAUUCCUCAAACGCCUCUGCUGCCUGUUGAUUUCUGGAGAUAUUUUUUAAAUGAUCCUAACAGUGAUCGACCAAAUCAGUGAUGUUAAGAAAAUAUUUUCUGAUCCCCAGCUUGUCUAUGUUAUAGUUAACAUGAACAUCUUAAGGAUUAUUCAAUAUUUAAUUACUGCAUUGACAGUCUCACUUACUGGUAAUUGAUUUCUAAUAUGAGUUUAGUAGAUUAGUGAAAAACUGUAGUAAGACAUAGACUUUGAUGUCCUUUGUUAAUUUGUUUAUUUUAGUGCAGUGGUAUUUUUGGUUUAAUACAUUGCAACAAGCACUGAUCAGGACAAGUAUUUUAUUUGUUAUCAUUCCAGAUUUCUGAUCCAUCUCACAAACCUCAGGAAAAAUGACACUGGUGACUUUUAAUACAGAAACAGUCAUGUUCUGCUCAAUGCUAACCUGCUAUGAAGCAUUUUUAUUUGUGUCCCUUCCUCAUUCUGAUUCACCAGAUCAUGUGCAGUUUCGGAGGCAAACAGUAACAGUCACUUCUCUGGUUUCCUGUAACUGUGGCAGUUAUGUGACACUGAAUAAAUUUGAAGUUUGUUCUUGUUAA